AUGGUCGACACUGCAAAUAGCACAAAUCCAAGAGCGGGGGCGGGUGUUCUAUCCGUUCUGUUUUUUUUUUGGAUGAAUGACGUGUUGAAACUGGGAAAUAAGAGGUCGCUCAGUGAUCAAGAUCUGCUCCCUCUACUUGAAGACCAAAGAGCUGAACUUCUCGUAGGAAAAGCGGAAAAGAAUUGGCUCAGAGAAUUAGAGGAAAGGCAAUUAAGAAACAAGAAACCACGCCUAUGGAAGGCAUUGGUUGCCAUUAUUCCUUGGAGAUCAGCUAUGACAAUGUUAACUUUGCAAGUUCUCAGGUCUCUGAGUUUUUCCCUGCUGCCAUUAUGUCUGUGGCUUUUGUUAAAAGUUUUAAACGAUGGAUCAGAACUAAACACGAAGUUCGCGUUUUCUUACGUGGCACUCUUAGGUGCAAUGAGUGUGGUACAAGCUGUCACAACACAACACUAUGACUACCUUACAGAGCUGUGGGGACUGAAAUUAAAAGUGGCGUUAAUAGGACUUGUUUACAAAAAGGUUGUUUCAUUGGAUCGUUACAGCCUUGUAAAUACAGCAUCUGGAAACACUAUAAAUCUGGUAUCAAAUGACGCACAGAAAAUAGAAAAGUCUCUGAACCAAAUGGGCAUGGUGUUAUCUGCUCCGUUAGAGCUCGUGAUCAGUAUUCUGAUCUUAUGGUACCUGGUCGGUUGGGAGGCUCUCACUGGUGCUGGUAUGUUUUUCUGUCUCGUGGCGUUUCAAGUUUUAUUGGCGAAAAAAGCUGCCAGCCUAAGCGAGAAAGCAGCUUCUUUUACAGACGAGCGGCUGAUGGUAAUGAAUGAAAUUAUCUCUGGAAUACGUGCAGUAAAGAUGUAUGCCUGGGAGUGGAAUUUUAGAGACCUUGUUCAUGACCUUCGCAGAAAGGAGAUGUCCGUUAUACGCUUAAAAGGUGUCAUAGUCGCCAUCUUAGUCGUUUUGUACUUCACAACACUUCCGAUCGCCUCUCUCAUCUCGGUAGUAACAUUGGCGUUUACGGGGACACAGUUAUCUGCAUUUACGGUAUUUACUCUGCUUUUGGGCUUAACAACAAUCAGGGCGACAUUUUGCUACAAUUUGAGUAUGUCUAUGCAAAUGGUCGCAGAUGCUGUAGUCGCACUGAAUAGAAUUCAGAUGUUUCUUGAAGAACAGAUACCUAAAUAUGUUGCAAAACCUGAAGGAUCCCGAGAAAACGAUGAUCGGCUUUUGACAAAGGAAAGAGUUAGAAAAUAUGGAUUAGUAAAUCCUAUCUUCACUCUCCAGGAAAGUGAUACUCACCCUAGGGGAACCCAAGAUCAAAAAAAUAACGGGCUCUCGACAGACCACAUGAACUUUGAGGACGAGCGCCCUGAGAGCUCGAAAAGUAAUCUACCGGAGUGGCUCACUACUCAUGGAUCUGUUGGAGAACAUCAAGGAAAUGCCUCUCACUUUAAAACGCCGUGCCUCUCCAUCACUGAUGUUUCUUGCUCUUGGAACCAAAAGGAUCUACCCAAUACCUUAACUGGCAUUACUUUAGACAUCAUGAGUAGCAAAAUCCUCGCUAUAAUAGGUGAAGUUGGAAGUGGAAAGUCAACCCUGUUACAAGCUGUCCUUGGAGAACUACCUCUCCACGAGGGAAUUAUUUCUUAUCAAGGCAAGAUAGCCUAUGCUGCUCAAGUACCGUGGGUAUUCUCUGGAACCAUAAGAGAGAACAUUUUGUUUGGACUUCCAUUUGACGAGCAGAAGUUUCAACAUGUUGUAGAUGUAUGCGGUUUGACCAAAGAUUUUACGGAUCUCGUCCAUGGCGAUCUCACAGAGAUCGGAGAGCGAGGAGCAACCCUCAGUGGUGGUCAGAAAGCGCGGGUGGGAUUAGCUCGAGCAGUUUAUUCAGAUGCCGAUAUUUACUUACUUGAUGAUCCAUUAAGUGCAGUGGAUACUAAAGUGGGAAGGAAACUUUUCGAGGGCUGUAUUUGUAAUCAUUUGUCUGGCAGCAUACGUUUAUUAGUCACUCACCAGCUGCAACAUUUGAAAGGUCUGGAUCACAUCGCUGUGAUGAAAAAUGGCUCAAUCAUCAAUGAGGGAACCUUCACGGAACUUAAACAAGACGAGAUAUUUUCUGAUCUUGAAGAAUCAUUCAAGCACCAUGGGCCCGAGCAGAGACGAAAAAGCUCGCUGAGUCACUUUCAAUGUAACAAAGAAGGACAUUUCGCGUGGAUGACGAACCGACGUCUAUCAUUGGUUUCACCUACUUUCUUGAAAACUGCAGAUGACUUCCCAAAUAGCUCAAGAAGAGUAACUAUGUUUGAUUUAAGGGGUACAAAGCCCCAAAGAAAAUUGUCCACCUCAAAUGUUCUCGCAAAAUGCAAAGGUAACAAAGAAACAAGCAUCUUGGAAUUUGAAGAAAAUUUGAUGUCUGGCACUGUCACCUGGCGACUUUAUUGGAAAUAUUUCAAGGAGGGUCUGCCACUGCCCAUGAUCUUGGUUCUUGCAGUUUCCUUGAUAGCAGCACAAGUUUCCCUAAUAGUUCCAAACUGGUGGUUGGCUAAAAUUGCAGAGAUGUCAUAUGAAAAGCAGAAAGUCGUGGACAUCCAUGUUAUUUACGCCAUUCUGGUUGCUGUGUCAAUCAUUAUCAUGACAGCAUCGUCUUUCUUGCUCUACUACAUUCUCCUAAAAGCGUCCGAAACCCUGCACAACAAAAUGACCAUAGCGACAAUCAAGGCUCCUGUGUUCUUUUUCGACACAAACCCAGCUGGUCGUAUCCUCAAUCGAUUCUCCAAAGAUGUUGGCUGCAUGGACUACGUUUUACCGCCUCUGUUCUUGGAAGCCAUCAAGUUUUCCUUAUUCUCGCUAUGUACUGUUUUGGUUCCUGCUGCAACAAACUACUGGCUUUUCUUGGCCUUGCUUCCAAUCAUUGCGAUAUUUGGCUAUUAUGCGCGUUAUCAGUUGAAGUCUUCACGAGGAAUGAAAAGGAUCGAGGCAGUCAAGUGCAGCCCUGUAUACUCACAUAUCACAGACACCCUAAAUGGACUUGAAAUAAUUCACACUUCAAAUAUGGACGACGCCUUUAUACAAAAAUUUUACAGGUAUCAGGACGAGAACACACAAGCUUUCAUCAUGGUGAUAUCAUGCACCCGCUGGUUGAGUAUUCGCUUGGAUCUAAUGUCCAGUUUGUUUAUUACGAUUGUCGCAUUAACUGCUAUUUUGGUCGUAGAAAAUCCUGUACUAGCUGGACUCGCUUUAACGUACGUACUGCAAUCUCUGGAUAUCACACAAUAUUCUGUACGCCUGGCCUCAGAAGUAGAAAAUCUGAUGACAUCAGUUGAGCGAGUGAUGUCAUAUGCAAAGAUUGGCUCUGAGCCCGGUUACAGCAUUGAAACCCGUCCCCCUCAGUCAUGGCCCGGCAAAGGAAGCCUGAAAAUAAAGCAACUUUCUUUAGCCUACCAUGAAGGCGGACCUUGUGUAUUAAAGAACAUCACCUUUAACACCUGUGAGAAGGAAAAGAUUGGAGUUGUGGGUCGAACUGGCGCUGGAAAGUCAUCUCUGGUGUCUGCUUUGUUCCGUAUGCCAGAACCCUCAGGGAAGGUGUUCAUCGAUGACGUUGACAUUACGUCUAUCAAUCUCCAGGAGGCUCGGCGGUCCAUGGUCGUUAUAACGCAAGAUCCAGUGCUCUUUGCCGGAACAUUGAGAAGGAACUUGGAUCCAUUCAUAGAGCACACAGAUGCAGAGCUCUGGAUGGUGUUGGAAGAAGUGCAGUUGAAAGCUCUUGUGGAAGAUCUCCCAGGUCUGCUCGAAUUCAAACUGAAAGAAUCCGGAGCAAACUUCAGCGUUGGUGAGAGGCAGCUGAUCUGUUUGGCUCGAGCUCUGGUCCAGAAGAGCAAGAUCAUCGUCAUGGAUGAAGCCACUGCCAAUGUGGAUUUCAAGACUGACCGACUGAUCCAGCAGGUUAUUCGUCACAAGUUUAAAGACUCCACGGUGCUUACCAUUGCUCAUCGUCUGAACACCAUCAUGGACUAUGACAAGGUUCUAGUUCUUGAUGGUGGACGAGUAGUGGAGUUUGACAAACCCGAAGUGUUGAUGAGAAACGGUGGAAUAUUCGCUGAAAUGGUGAAGAGCCAGACCCAGAGCAGCGAAACUCAAAACUGAUUCUCGUUGUCUGGUUUCCAUUUUUCUUUUCUUUUUUUACUUAAGCAAUUGAAGAAUUUUCUUCUAUGCUUUGUGCCGGAAGCCUACACGGCAGAACCUUAUUCUUUCGCAAGGAAUUUUUUUUCACAUUUUACUCGAGGAUACUCUGUUAGUAAUCAUUUGUUUCACUCGA